AUGCGCACCCCCAAUUGGAGCUAUGUGCCCAGCAAGAGACGCAAGGCGGGGGCGGCCGGCGGCGAUGAGGGGCAGCAGGCCGACCAGCCCGCGAAGGCCCUGGAGGACAUGUCCAUCGACGAGUUCCUGGCCGGCGGUUUCCUGGAGGCGCAGCCCCCCGCUGGUGGUGGUGUGGGUGCUGGCCCGCCUUCUGACGACGACAAUGAGCUGUUGGACGGCGAUGCGGCGCUAGACAGUGAUUUGGGCAGCGGCAGCAGCGGUGAGGAUGAGCCUCGAGUAGCCGUGCCCACACUGGCCAGCAACAAGCGGGGCAAGCGGCAGGCAGCUCAGGCUGCAGCGGGCAGGAGGAGCAAGCAGGCAGAAGAGCAGCGGCAGCAGUCAGUAACGCCGUCAGACAGCGAGGGUGACAAGGAGGAGGGAAGUGAGGGCGAGGGCGAGAGCGGAGGUGACAGCGGCAGCAGCAGCGAUGGGGAGCAAGAUGAGGAUGCAGCCGAGCAUGGAAUGGCUGGCGGCGGCAAGGCGGUGCUCAAGGCUGAGAUGGCUGCACACAAGUCGCAAUUGGAGGCGCUGAAGCAGCAGGAUCCCGAGUUCUACGCCUACUUGCAGUCCACCGACCAGGAGCUGCUCAAUUUCGGCCAGGAAUCGGAGGAUGAGCUGGACAGCGAUGAGGAGGUCGAGGAGGGUGGAGAGGGGCCAGCAGGCGAGGGCGAACAGGGGCUGGCUGAAUACGGCCAGCAGCAGAAAUUGGGUGGUGUCACCUUGGCCAUGGUGGAGGGCUGGUGCCAGGCGGCGCGCGACAAUGCCAGCAUUGGUGCAGUGCGCAACAUCAUGAAGGCUUACCGUGUGGCCUGCCACUAUGGCGACAGCGAGGAGCAGGUGGAAGAGAGCAUGCGCAUUGCCAGCAGCGCCGUCUACAACAAGCUGAUGCUGUUUGUGCUGCGUGAGAUUGACGGCAUCUUUCAGCGCGUGCUGUUGGAAGGUGCCAGCGCCAAACAGAAGCAGCAACCUCUCGCUGCAGCAUCGCUGGUGAGGUUGCCACGCUGGAAGAAGGCUGACCCGCUGGUGAAGAGCUACUUGGGCAAUACGCUGCAUCUGCUGGGCGCUCUGACUGAUGGCGCCAUGCUGACCUUCAUCCUGCGUCGCCUGCGCGCCUCCACCUUGCUGCUGGCACCGUACGAGAAGCUGCAGCGCCGGCUUCUCAAGAUGGCGUUCAGCCUGUUUGGGUCGGCUGACAAUGCGACGCGCGUGCAGGCCAUCCUGCUGGUGCGGCAGAUGGCGCUGGAGCUGCCGCAGCCUGCUUUGGACAACUGCCUCAAGGGCGUGUACCGUGCUUUCAGCACCAAUGCCAAGUUUGUCAACGCUGCCAGCGUGCCCCAGAUCAACUUUAUGGCGGCGGCGGUGGUCGAGAUGUACGGCAUCAGCGCAGCCGCCUCAUACCAGCAUGCCUUCAGCUUCAUCCGCCAGCUGGCUGUGCUGCUGCGGUCGGCCCUGACCAGUAAGAGCAAGGAGGCAUAUCGUGAGGUGUACUGCUGGCAGACUAUCAACUGCUUGGAACUGUGGGCCAAGCUUCUCGCGGCCAAGGCGGACGAGCCUGAACUGCGUCCCCUCAUUUACCCAGUCACGCAGGCGCGCACCCUACUGCUCCUGUUGGGGGUGGCCCGGUUGGUGCCCGCGCCUGCAUACUUCCCGCUGCGCCUGCGCUGCGCUCGCGCUCUCAACCGGCUGGGCGAGGCCACCAGUACUUUCAUCCCGGUGGCACCCGUCCUGCUGGAGGUGCUGCAAUGGAGCGACCUUCGCAAGGCACCCAAGCCAAGCACGGGCCAGCACCCCGACGUGCUGCUGCAGCUACGCGUCAGCAAGGCCAACCUGCGUAGCGCGCAGUACCAGGAGGAAGUCAUCGGGCAGGUGAUGGAGCUGCUGGCAGAGCAUCUGGCCUGUUGGGGCUGCCACAUUGCCUUUCCCGAGCUCUCCUUUCUCACCCUCAGUCAGCUGCGCAAGUUCAUGAAGAACACGCCAGUAGACCGCUUCAGGCAAGGGCGCAUUGGUGUGGACUUUUCGCCCAAAGAUCUAGCUCAAGUGUCCACGUUCCUGGCAGGGGAGAACGUGGCCAAACAAGCGCCAAUACAGCAGUAUGCGCGCUCGCUACUGACCCGUGCAAGGCAGCGACUUCAGAUGCGGCUUGCUGAUUCGGUGGACCUGGGCAGCGGGCCAGGCGCGGCAGAAGAUGACAGGUAG